AUGUCGGCUAAUGAUUCAUCUGCCACCGUAGUGUCUGGAUGUGACUCGACUGGAUUCAGUGCCUCGACUCCAAUCAAGGCACUGACUCAAGUCGAGGCACUGACUCCAGUCGAGGCACUGACUCCAGUCGAGGCACUGACUCCAGUCGAGGCACUGACUCCAGUCGAGGCACUGACUCCAGUCGAGGCACUGACUCCAGUCGAGGCACUGACUCCAGUCGAGGCACUGAAUCCAGUCAAGUCACAUCCAGACACUACGGUGGCAGAUAAAUCAUUAGCCGACAUACCAAACCAGGCUAAAAAGUUAUUGCUCUUCUGGUGCUUUAGGUGGUAUCCCCGUUUAUUAUUCCUUUUCCGAUCAAUUGAAGCUAUUUGA